AUGAUUGUCACUUAUCGUUCUAUGCCACUAAUUCUCAAGCAGUGCGAUGCACGUUUGGUCUAUGAGAAGCGCCCCGAUGGCAAGUUAGCGCAAGGGAUUAGUAGAAGCCCGUUUUCACAGGAGUUUUUGAAGAAGCACGAAGAAAGUAUAUUGAAAAAAGCUAUGACGUACGAUAUCGAUGAUAUGAUGUCACUUGCAGCAGUGCUAAGUUGCUGCUUGCACUGCCACGCAGCAAACUGGCCGACAGCUGUCGAUGACUUUGUAAGAACGCUUCUACUUCUACCAGGGAUGCAUUCUACAGUCCAGAGUGGAAGCGAUGAUGUAAACAACAACACUUCCCUCUGCGACAGUCCUCACAAAAGCCAGCAUGCUGCUCCUCAACCGGUCAAUGAACUAUCUUCUGAGGAGAACCUGAAUAGUACUGAUGCCGCGCCCGUUCAGACAGAUGUUGCUGAUCAAGACACGUCAACGGCUAAUGUCAACACAGAACCGUGCGAACCGUCUGCUGUGAACUCUGAGGACAGUACGACUAGUUCCAAUGAGCCUCCACCAGCAACUGACUACGGUAAAGUGCCCUUCUCUGUGGACAAUAUUUUACAAGCAGCAACGAAUCCAUGGCUUGGAUUCCCGAACGCCUUCAAUCCGCAGUUUCCUGCACUCCUGCCAAAUUUCCAGGCACUGGCUUAUCAGAAUUACCUAAAUUCUGUGUAUGCCUACAACGCCGCUCUGCUUUUCGGGAACAGGAAAAAGGAACAGGCUUCAUGA